UUGGACGGAGGUGCGCAGCAGCGGUUUGUUCCGGGGAGGUGGGCGUCGUCCGUUCGUUUCUCAACUUGCCUUCGGUCGUUUCCACCUUUUAUAUCGGACGCUUUCGUCAAAGGACGCGAACCGCCGUCGGUGAAAUGGCCGCCUAUAAACUGGUCUUGAUUCGUCACGGAGAGAGCAACUGGAACCAAGAAAAUCGCUUCUGCGGCUGGUUCGACGCCGACUUGAGCGAGACGGGGGAACGGGAGGCGAGGAAGGGCGGACAAGCCUUGAAAGAUGCUGGCUAUGAAUUUGACAUAUGCUACACCUCUGUGCUGAAGCGUGCAAUCCGGACCCUGUGGCUGGUUCUGGAUGGCAUUGACCAGAUGUGGGUGCCAGUGCAUCGGACCUGGCGGCUCAACGAGCGUCAUUACGGUGGCCUAACGGGGCUAAACAAGGCUGAGACAGCAGCCAAGCAUGGAGAGGCGCAGGUCAAGAUAUGGAGGCGUUCCUUUGAUGUCCCUCCUCCCACCAUGGAUCCAGACCAUGACUACUACACCAUCAUCAGUAAAGACCGCCGCUAUGCAGAACUAACUGAGGCGCAGCUUCCUGCCUGCGAGAGUCUGAAAGACACCAUUGCACGAGCGCUGCCCUUCUGGAAUGAGGAAAUUGCCCCGCAGAUCAAACAGGGGAAGAGGGUGCUCAUCGCUGCUCAUGGCAACAGUUUAAGGGGCAUUGUUAAGCACCUAGAGGGUAUGUCCGAGGAGGCGAUCAUGGAGCUGAACCUGCCCACGGGCAUCCCCAUCCUCUACGAACUGGACAAGAACCUGAAGCCUGUGAAGCCCAUGCAGUUCCUGGGAGACGAGGAGACUGUACGUAAAGCCAUGGAGGCAGUGGCCGCCCAGGGGAAGGCUAAGAAAUAGAGCGACGGAAAGGCAGCGCCCCCACUCUUGUGUACUAGGGUGCAGGUUGUCCUAAACAACUAGCCCAGAAUUACUGUAUUUCUAAACCGUAACGAGAAAGGGUAAGAAAUACGGUGAUGUGAUAUAGAUGGGUCGCCAUGGCAACGUCACUCUACUGACAGUGCGGGGACCGCCGAGUAACAGGGAUCAAGAACAAGGCCGGACCAACUACAGAUUUCAAGAGAUUGUAAAUGAUUUCCUUACUGGUUAAUUAAAUUCAAAACGAAUACUGCUAAAGGUAUUUUUUAGCACCAUGUAAUUGAAGGGCCUCACUCCUCCAAUGGCUAACCAUGCAAAUAUAUAUAUAUAUUUUUGUUUUUUGGACAAGCGUAAUGGAAUAAUUGUAAUCUAAUUUACUAACUAACCCUAAAAUAUAUAUAUAUAUAUAUAUAUAUAUAUAUAUAUAUACGUAUAUAUAUUUUCUAGACCAGGAAAGAAUAGCUUUAAGUUUUGUUUGAGAAAUGUUUUAGCGGUUUGCCGCUUAUGGGACAUCUAAAAACAUUGUACAAGUUGCUGUCGUUUUCCAUGUCACUCCCCAAGACGUUACAUGAAUAAUGUAUCUCUUUAUAAAUUAACAUAAUAUUACAAUCUUUUGAGACAAAGAGCAGCACAGUCACUUUCCCUUAUGUCCUCCCUUGUGGCGUGUGCUUGUUUUGCACGACUUUCUGUGGUAUGUCUCGUCGUCUCGUUUUCCUCUGUUGUCUUGCCAAACGAGUCUCCUUUUUAAAAGGUGUCAGACAUCCUACAUUGCUGUUAUUAUUGUAUCGUGUUGGUGACAAACCCGUACAGAACUCAACUGGCAUCUGCGAAUUACACGUUAUCCUAGCAAAACAUGGUUAUUAAAGAUUUAAACUUUACUCCUCUUUACCUGCACUCUCUAUUCCCGCACAACCCCGCCCCGGUUUGUUGGCCUUGUAAGUGUGUAUGGUAAGUGUGUAUGUAGUAUGUCCAGCAUCUAUUCAGUAUUCAGAAAGACCAGCUGCUGUGGUGUAGGAGUGGAGUUACGUGUGGACUAUGUCCUCAUGUCUAAAAUUGUUGCCAAUUAGUGUUAAUUCUAAUGUAUUGCGAAACCAGUUGUGAAAUAAACGUACAAUGAUGUGGCA